AAAAUUCACGAACAAAAAAUAGUGCUGGUAUUGGUUUUUAAAACCAAAAAACAAAUAAGCUUUCGGUUAAAGUUUUUUGAGAAUUAUUGAUUUUUCCUGUACUGGGUUUUCGUUUUUAUUUUUCUCUUGUGUUGUGGUAAACGGCGAAAUGAUUGUUUGGACGGAUAAGGACUAGUAAUUUGUGAAGAAAUAGAUACGUGCAGGCAAAAAAGAGAAAAAAGAUUACAAACGACAAAAAGUUUGUACUAUGAUACAAAUCACUCGCUCAUAUCUGUAUAUAUUGGAUAUAUAUGUGAAAUAAAGAAGGUUCUGGUUUUGGGCUUGUGCUGUAGGACCCAGAUAUAGAAGACUCUUUUUAUUUCAUUUCAUAAUUCCAAAUAAGCUACUUUCAUAAUUAUAUAACAGAGAAUUGUGUAUUGGAUAUAGUUUAUGGGAGAGAGAAGAUGUUGGAAGGAAAGGGUAUGAUAAAGGAAACAGACAUGCCAGAGAAGAUGCAGAUACAAGCCAUGGCUUGUGCUUCUGAAGCCCUUGAUCUUCAUGACGUUUUUGAUUGCUGUUCUAUUGCUUCCCACAUCAAGAAGGAGUUUGAUAAAAGGUAUGGAAGUGGAUGGCAAUGUGUGGUGGGUUCUAACUUCGGUUGUUUCUUCACUCAUUCACUUGGGACUUUCAUAUAUUUUGGGCUUGGGACCCUCAAUUUUCUUAUCUUCAAAGCAGCCUCUUCUUGAUUUCACCACUUUUGUACCAUACAAAGGGAGUGAGCUGAGGAAAAGAGUCCUAUAUAA